UACCAGGAACUGGAGGGAUUUUUCGUUUGUUUAUAUACACUACGAAGCGCGGGAAAAACAACUGUGAAAGAGCCGAAAAAUACCACAUUUUCUCCGUUAUUAUUCUUUUCGGUGGUACCACGACACAGGCAGUUUAUAUCUGAAAUACUAUUUGUCCCUAGCCGUCGAGCAAAAAGACUUGUUUCUUCUGUAGUUGUAAGAGUAACUCGCAUGCCAUCUGUCAAGGCAACUUUUCAGACUAUCACAUUGGUGUGAACCGUGAGCCAUCGGGGCUUUCCAGCAGAGAUGAUGGCAAGACAUUAAACGAAAACAAUAGAAAGAAAAUGGCGUUGGAACACAUCCUGUUGCUUCACAGGGUCAAACAUGCAGCUCUGGGCUGUAUUGUGAACUGUGCUGCUUAGAAACCCGAACGAAGAGUUAAGAGUUAAAUUGCAAAGGCUAUGAUCGGAUUGUCUUGGCUCUUGAAGAGAGGUGAUCUGGCCGUGGUUGGGCUGCUGAAGUCAAUACAGAGGAGACCUCAUGUCACGGCCGGGCCCAGAACCCCUGGUGGUGCCCCUGGUGGACGCCCAGCAGGUCCAGUUCUGGAUGGAGAAAGCAGUGGAAGGAAUGGCGGGGGGUCCAGAGGUACAGAGGGACAUCUGCCUUCAUCUGGGCCGGCUCCGGGACUUCCUCCAAUGGCUGCUCACACACAUUCAUAACAUGAGCUCCACCACGGAAGCCAUGCUGAAGCUACCCUUCCUUGGCCAGUUGCUUGGUCGCUUAUGCUGGAUGCCCCAUGUCACUGCUGACGCUGUAUGCCGUAGGCUGCUGCUCCAGAGUAUGUGGAGUCUAUACUCCGAUGAACCAGGGAGUCCUGUGGAGAGAAAGGCCAACCAGUGGAUACGGAGCGUUCUUUGUCAACUGGCUACAGAAGACGAGGACACUGUGACCCAGAUACUAGUGAAGCACGCAAAUGUCCCCCCGAGACGCUAUCACCUCAGAGUCCUCACAGAGCUGGUGUCGCAUCUGUCUGAGGAGGUGGGGAGAAGCUGCAGCUCCCUCAGCGGGCCAAGUCACAGGUGUUCAUGUGACACCCUUCUGGCUGUGUCAGAGACCUGCAUUCCCCUGGUCACAUGCCCCGAGGCAGCUCCUCUCAUUGGUGCAAUGCUACAGAGAGCAGCGACCUGUGUCAGGGCUACUCUGAGCCAAGACUUCCUGGAUGCUGUGAGCAGUGCAUAUUUAAGAAAUGGUUUAUCUUUGGAAAAUGAGGCGGUUAUGUCCUUGUGGUGCCACAGCCUGCCAAGCCUAGAGGAGGCAGUGAUGGGCUUGUUGGACUGUAUUCUCAGCAAUGCAUGUCCCACACUCCACAUCAUAGAGCAACAGCUGGAACCGUCAAUGUUGCCCAAAGCAUGCGCCCAGCACUGUUCUUUGUUCCUGAUUGUGAACGACAUCUUCAGGUUCCUGCUGCAGCAGGAGGGAGGGCAUCCGUCGAUACCGUCUCUGGUCCGCUCCUUCACCUGCUGUUUCCUCAGGGAAGUGGCCCAGCUCCAGCCUCAGGUGCGUACACCAAUGAAGAUGUUCUUCCCUAACGUCCCCCGACAGCUGCUGCAGCCCAUGGUCGUCCUGCCGACAGAGAUGCCCCCGGAGGCCUGGAAGGAUCACCUGACUUGGAUCGCCCAAUCCCUACAGAGACUGACCGAGGAGGAAGAGCAGAGCGCUGAAGACACGGCUACCAGGGGUCAGCGAGUCGUGUUGGAGGCCUGGCUGCUGCUGGUGCAGUGUGCCCACUGGGUGGAGGUGGCUGUCCAACUGCUGGUGUCCCCUGGGCCGCAGGACCGGGAGCUGCUGCUAUGGCUGCUGACCUUCUACCACCACCCCACUAACCGCGGGCACCACAGGACUCUGCAGCUGGCACGUGUCAGAGAGGCAUGGGGCCACACGACAUCCCUCCUCCUGGACCCUUCACCUCUCGACGCAUCCCAACCUCUGCAGUCAUUGGUGGAGCUCCUGUCACUCCAGGCACAGCCCCGCCCCCUGGCUCCAGAGCUUGUCCUGGGCCUCCUGGUGAACGUGGCGGUGGUCUCUGAGGAGCCGAUCGGCAGAGUGUCAGAGGUGGUGCAGACGGUGGUGCGGCGCUGUGACCUAGUCACUGAGGCCCUGUACGUCCUCAGCUCGGUGGAGCUGGGAGAAGAGGGGGGGGGGCACUGGUCUGGCCACGCCCACCGAGGUCAGCUGAGGAUCAGAGCACUCCGGGACACCCUCACACACACAGCCCCGGAGACCUGCUGAGAACCACACACACACACACACACACACGUUUUCCCCCACACACCCUGUAAUGGCACACGCGCCCGUAGGGACCACCCUGGCAGUGUUUGGGACUGUUUGGCAGAAUGAAAGGAGACAGCGCCGCGCUGGGACGCGUGUUUUCACGGAGGAGAAAGCGGAGGACGGCCCAAGCGGCGCGACAUCACUCUGGCGGGAAGCGGCUUGGUAAACGUGUCACAGCCCACCCACUCCCAUUGUUGUGUUUGCGGUACGAAGCCCAGCACGCCUCGUACCCACCGCUGACAGGCAGGCGCUCUCUGGAAGCAGCGAGUAAUGGGUUGGAGACCUUGUGUUUCUCCUGUGUACGUGUGCUUUUGAAUUGAACAUGACUUGUGUCAGGUCACGCUGCCAGUGAUCGUAUUCGCUACAUGUUACGUUUAGGAAUGACUUUUUCUGCCGAUGUUUGAACUCUGAUGCUACAUGUCCCAGUGGAUGAGUUUAUUUAGAUGGGAUUCAGUCUUUGGAGUCUUCAUUGUGUUGUAUUUAUCCAUAAAUAUAUUAAACUUGUUAAUGUUUAUGUUUUGUGUGUGCUUUUGCUAAGCACUAUAUUUUUUUGCAUAUGGAGACAGAACCAUUUAAAAGAUUGACAUGAUCUGAGAUAGAUAAAUAUGUCAUCCUGUGUGCAGUUUUUAAUCUGAGUCAAUCUGACAUGCGUAGUAAGGGAUGUUACAUUAAAGACUGAAGCAUCAGUAAAUCAGCUUAUGGGCAAAGGUUAAAUCUCAAAAAGGUUGUACUGAUGCAAAAUGAGUUGGAUAUCUGGUUUGGGAGGAGAAUAUAUGGCCUGAAACAUCAAAAUAUAUAAAUGACUUUGUUAAUGUUGAGCUUAUUGUAGAUAUUGUGGUGUACAACAAUGGGUAAAGAUCCCUUAACUAUUUUAUAAGAUAGUUAUGCCAGUCAGGUAGCCCUUUAACUUUGAAGCAGAUAUGUUUUUAUUGUUCUACUUGACAUAAAAAAUGCACAAUGCAUACAAACAGUAAUGUCUUUACAUUGUGAAAACAUGAAUUGUGAAUACAAAAAUACCA